AGGAUUUUUUGUUUCUUCCACACAGGUGUAGAAAAAUGGCAAAGAGAAUUGCAGAGAAGGAGCUGACUGACCGAAACUGGGACCAAGAAGAUGAAGCUGAGGAGGUGGGAACAUUCUCUGUGGCAAGUGAAGAGGUCCUGAAGAACAGAGCUAUUAAAAAAGCAAAGCGCCGAAAUGUUGGGUCAGAGUCUGAAAGUGGAGGAGCUUUUAAAGGGUUCAAAGGCUUUGUAGUGCCUUCUGGAAAAGGAGGAGGUGGCUUCAGUGGAUUCGGGAAUGGUGCAGGAAUAAAGCCUUUGGAAGGGCUGUCUAAUGGAAGCAGUAGUGUCUCUAGUACUCCUUCUUUCAGCAGUUUGAAGAGCACCUCGGAAACACAAUCAGCAUUUGGAUCCCCAACGUCAAAUGGUCCCACUGCUGCUGUGUUUGCUGAGAAGAAGGUUGUGAGCCCACGAGCCAAAGGUGUCAGCCAGCCCUGCUCAUCUGGCAGCACCUCGAGCGCGGCACACGGCUCCGGCACCUACCACAAACAGCUGGCUGCUCUCAACUGCUCCGUUCGUGACUGGAUAGUGAAGCAUGUUAACAGCAACCCCCUGUGUGACCUGACCCCCAUCUUCAGGGACUAUGAGCAGUAUUUGGCGAGCAUUGAGCAGCAGCAUGGAGGCGGCAGUGACAGCGGCUCCGAGAACGAAAGCAGCAAGACCCCUGGCCCGCGGGCUGUUCCUGUGUUUGGGAGUUCAAAGCUCCAGCAAGGCUCCACAUUUUUGUUUAACAACAAAACUGAGGAUACCUCAGACAGAAAACCUGAAGCUGCAUCAGAAAAAAGAGACACAUUGUCAGGAGCUACAUCAACUGUCUCGUUUAAUUUUGGCAAGAGUGUUGACAGUUCUGUUUUGGGUUCCCUUGGUUCAGGAACACUUAGUAGUUUCUCGUUUUCUCCUGGGAAUUCAGGUUUGUUUGGAAAAGAUGCAAACCAGGCUAAGUCUGUCACUGCAGCAUCCACCAGUUUAUUAGAAGCUCAGACAGACAGUGGCAAUAAUGAUGACAAAGGAGGGGAAGAGGAGGAAGAAGAGCCACCCAAAGUCAUUGUUAAUGAAAUAAAAGAAGAUGAUGCUUUCUACUCAAAGAAGUGCAAACUGUUUUACAAGAAAGAUAAUGAAUUUAAAGAAAAAGGUGUAGGAACAUUACAUUUAAAACCAGCAGGAAAUGAAAAAACUCAACUCUUAGUACGAGCAGAUACCAAUUUAGGAAAUAUACUGUUGAAUGUUCUAAUUCCACCUAAGAUGCCAUGUACAAGAACCGGAAAGAACAAUGUUCUUAUAGUUUGUGUUCCUAAUCCACCAAUCGAUGAGAAGAAUCCAGCUGUUCCUGUCACUAUGCUAAUAAGAGUGAAAACAAGUGAGGAUGCAGAUGAGUUGCACAAAAUUUUACUGGAGAAAAAGGAGACUUAAAUAAGUUGCAGUCCGUAAUUUGAGGAAUUAAUGCCAAACUGCUGCUGCUCUUUUUUUUUCUUCCCUAACUUCACUUGAACAUUUAAUUCUUUACUCUGAUAUUAAGAACUGUUACAGGAAUUCUGGAAAAAUGAUGUGAGGAAAAGCUAAACUAGCUAAUAAAAGCUUUAAUAGAACACAA